CCAAUAAACAAGCGUUUGACGGUGGGAAUUGUCAUUCAAGUGACUUCAAAGUCAAAGGGAAAUGGAGGAAACAUAUUGGAAACUCGUUUUAGAACGACACCGUUCGUCAAGGUAUAAAAGCCACAUAGGUAUGGUAAAACGAACACUUUACAAUGUGACGCUGUCAUCAGAAUUUAGAGUCGAGUAAACACGGUUGCACUCUUCGCGGAAUUUCGGUUGUUGCUUCAGCCUUACGAAGAAAGUUUGGAUAUUCUUUCAAGAAGGAGUCUUGUUAAAAGAAAAUACUGGAUUUCUAAUUUGACAGAAAUGCUCAUUGUGAGUUAAAGGACUACGUAACAAGCGGAUACUGUUGGUACAUUGGUGAUCUGUGUACAGCAAAAGUUUGGUCUAUAAAAAAAAGCCGGUUGUCAAAGCGGACCAUGGACCACUCGAUGUAUUAAUCAAAAAGAAAGUCUUGAGCAAUAACUCUGCUACAGUCUGAAAAAUAAAAAACAAUAAACAAUAAAGGACCGAAAAGCAAAAGGUAAAUUCCCCCAGGAAAUUAUUCUUGACAAUGCAUAAUAAUACGAGCACCUGUGCGAGUACAAACAUUACAGUGGCAUCUGUUGAUGAACAUGGCGACCACUUUGCGUUCGCAGUGGACACGGUCUUGACGGGCUGCGUGUGUUUCGUGGGCAUCGUGGUCAACAUGCUGACGUUCGCCGUCCUAUGGGUGGACCGUCUGCGCUCGUCCACCUUCUACUUUCUCCUCGCCCUUUCUGUCGCCGACACCUUUUACUUAGUUCACGCGCUCCUCUUCCAGUUCUUCCGGUCAAUAUACCCAAAGACCGGUCUCCUGCAGGGUUACUUCCGUGCUUGGCCCUACAUCGAGCCGUUUGAAUAUCCGCUCGGCAUGAUGGCGCUGACAGCCUCGAUUUGGAUCAUCAUGAUGGUCGCCGUAGAUCGGUAUGUCGCCAUUGCCCAUCCGUUCAAAAUUAGCAAUUGGAGUACAGCUGGACGAAAUCGGUUGAAGCUGACGGUGCUCAUUUUGGUUGAUGUUGUAUUUAACUCUCUUUGGUUCUUCCGUCAGAGGACGGAAAAGACGUGGAACGAAUGCACACACACCAUGGAAGUGAGGGUAGUUCCUUUUGCAAUAGGGUUGCAUCAAGGAACGCGCAUGGCUCAUUCAAUUUCUUUCCUCACGUUCGUAUAUGGCAUUCCUUUACUCGUUUUACUCAUUAGCAGUUUCCUCCUCGUUAAUACGCUUCGUCAAAAUCGGUCAGAGCGGCAGCAGCUCUCUCAUUCCUUCCAGUCGAUAAAGAUUCGGGAGAGAGAGGGAAGAAUCACCGCCAUGUUGAUCGUGAUCGUAAUACUCUAUCUCCUUUGCCAGACCCCGGUGUUCGUGAACCACAUUUUAUACGCACAGGAGGGACGCGUGGACUUGGGACCUAACCAUAGGUACUACAACAUCAUCACCAACUUCCUAGUCGCCUUUAACUCCGCCUUCAACUUCUUCGUGUACUACAUCUUCGUUCGGGGGUUCAGAAAACGGUCCAAGGAUGUCCUGUGCUGCUGCUGCCAUGGAAACGGACCGAUGACGUCAGCAAGCACACUGCAAAGGUCGACCGUGAUGUCGUACAGUGUGAUGACGGUGGAUUCUAGGUGUGCAUGUACGAGCGUUAUGGAAUUGACAGACGUUGCCGGGGAAACCAGCAUGAACAAAUUUGGCGGAAUUAGCAAUCUAGCACCGCCGUGUAUUAUGCCAGAGUAA